AUGUUUUCCAAGAUGUAUAGCGUGUAUGUACCUAAAAAUAUACAUCCGACAGUUUUUGUUCUAUACAUAUAUUUUCCACACCAGCAUAUUCCUCUGCCAAGCCACCCAGCCAUCUGGCCUUUCCUUCCACUUCCUGCCAUGGAAAAAAUCACCAACAGGACGGCCGUGGCCAAGAAUGGCAAGGUCCCCGACAUGGACCAGGUGCCAGAGCCAACAGGGCCUGCAGGUGUCCACGUGCUUGUUCGGUGCUCCAACUGCGACCAGUGCAGGAUCUUUCUGUGGAGACAUUACCACAUGGCCAACUGCUCGCAUCGCGAGCAGCCAUGGAUCACAUCCAUCAAGGAUGGUGGCAUAAUGCAGGGCCACUCUUUGGCCAGAUCCAUGCAGCAGCCAUGUUUUUUUUUCAAGGCGGCCACCGCCAUGCAGGCAGGAUCCACCACCGACCUUGAGGAAAAGGGGCCACGCCUAGCCGCUGCAGGGGUCCAUGCAUGCUUGAGCCUGUGUGGCUAUAUACCAUUUCCAAGAGCCUCUUUGGCUAUACCACGUGCACAUGCAUGCCAUGAUUGUUUCCGUCUGGAUUUUGCUUUCAUGUCAGCUGCCACUCUGGCCAGUCACCACCCACAGCCGCCCAAGCCUGCAGCCAUGCCGUCCAUGAAGGCCAUGAAGAAGACCACGGCGGCCAAGAAGCCCACCAUGAAGGAGAAACCGGCCAAGUCCAAGCCCGUCGCGUCAAAGAAACCAGCGGCCAACGUGGCAGGGCCGCCAGGUGUCAUGGCGACCAUGGGGUUGGGCCCACUCGAGCCGAUCGCCAACACCACGGACCCAGAGCCAGGGACGGUGACAACCUUGCCAGGCGUGGAGGACAUUGGCCACGCCUGGCCAAUAGGCGGAAAUCUUGUGUUGAGAUGUACCAACUGUGCAUCCAGCCAAAUUUUUCUCCAUCGCCUCUACAGCCUCAUCCACUGCUCGGUGUGCGGCCAACAUUGGCUCCAGUCGUUGAGGAUUGGCGGCAUCGCUUGGCGGUGGGGGUGA